GGUCAAUUGUUUGUUUCAUUGAAUCAAUAUCUUGAAAAUCUAUUUUUAUUAUGAAUUUUCGGCUAUUUUGAUCCGAAUUUUGGUUCAUUAAGUGUUUCUGUAGCCAAAUUGAAGUCUUAUAGUGCCAUCUAAUGUGAGGUAAAUAGGGGUUAAUUAGUGUGGAUUGAUUAAUAUAUAUUAUUGGAAUGUUUUUGUCUUUUAAUUUGUUGUCAAUACAAAGCUCUUAUAUUUAUGUGGUUGAAGUUGCAUUUUUUAGUUUGAAGCUGUACUCUUAUGGGGUUUUCGUUUACUGUUUUAGUGAUUUAAUGACAUUUAUUGUUGUUUAGUAGAUAAAAACAUUCGGUUGAAGCAUUUUAUGUGUAUUGGCGCAUUACUCUGUGAAGUUGUUAUGCAUGACUAUUAGAAUUGUGUCAAAGAUUAUUGAUUUUGAGAGUAAAGUAUGGGGUGGUUUGUUGAUCUUUUAAGUUUGUAGGAGAAAGAAUGGCUAGUCAGGUGCCAACAACCAAUGACCGGUCGAGGACUUACUGGACACCGACAAUGGAGCGGUAUUUUGUUGAUCUUAUGUUAGAACAGAUGCACAGAGGUAACAGAAUAGGCCAUACAUUCAACAAGCAGGCAUGGACAGACAUGCUUACCAUGUUCAAUGCAAAAUUUGGAUCUCAGUAUGACAAAGAUGUCUUAAAAAGUCGUUAUACGAAUUUGUGGAAGCAAUUCAAUGAUGUAAAGAAUCUUCUUGAUCAGACUGGAUUUUCUUGGGAUGAAAAUCGGCAAAUGGUGGUUGCUGAUGAUUAUGUCUGGAAUGCUUACAUUAAGGCUCACCCUGACGCACGAUCCUACAAGACUAAAGCCUUGCUGAAUUUUACUGAUUUGUGCUUGAUAUAUGGGUAUACAACUGCUGAUGGAAGAUACAGUCUAUCAAGUCAUGAUCUAGACUUCGACGAUGAAGUCCAAGGAAUAAAUAUGGGUGAUGGAAUGGGCAGCCUUGGCCCUAUAAGUAACGAGCGUUCACGGACAGAGUGGACAGCAGCUAUGGACCAGUAUUUCAUUGAGCUUCUGCUGGACCAAGUUGGAAGAGGCAAUAAGACUGAUAAUACAUUCAGCAAACAAGCAUGGACGGACAUGCUUGACUUGUUCAAUGCAAAAUUUUGUUCACAACAUGGCAAAAGAGUGUUAAGACAUCGAUACAAGAAAUUAUGGAAAUAUUUUAGUGAUGUGACGGUUAUUCUGAAACAGGAUGGUUUUUCUUGGGAUGAAACACAACAAAUGCUUGCAGCCAACGAUGCUGUUUGGGAUGCUUAUAUCAAGGCGCAUCCACAUGCUCGGGCAUACAGGAUGAAAACCUUGCCAAAUUACACUGAUUUGGCUCUUAUAUACGGGGAUGCAGUUGGCAAUGAAAUUAGCAGUCGUUUGCAUCAGGACAAUGAGCCGGAGAGUGGCAAUGUAGGAAUAAAGGCUGAUUUGGUCCACAAUCUCUUGCCGACAGUCUCAUGGUGCAAAAUAUUUUACUCUUACAAACAGUUUUUAGUGUCUGUAGGUGAAGGAAAAGGGAGCCAAACCCCUACUGGUAAUGAUCGAACAAGAACAUAUUGGACACCACCUAUGGAUCGUUAUCUCAUUGACUUAUUACUAGACCAGGUGCGCAGAGGAAACAAACUUGGCCAGACUUUCAUAAGUCAGGCUUGGAGCGACAUGAUUACAUCCUUUAACGAGAAAUUCCUUUCUCAUCAUGACAAAGAUGUUUUGAAGAACCGGUACAAACAUUUGAGGAGGCUUUACAAUGAAAUAAAGAAUCUUCUUCAGCACAGUGGAUUCUCAUGGGACGAGACACGAGAUAUGGUAACUGCUGAAGAUCAUAUUUGGGAUGCUUAUAUUAAGGAACAUCCUGAUGCUCGAUCAUAUAGAGUGAAAACUGUGCCAAGCUAUCUUAAACUUUGUGUGAUAUUUGGAGAAGAAAUCUAUGAUGGAAGAUACAAUCGUUUGGCUCAAAAUAUAGACUCCAACUGUGAAAUUCCUGUUCUCAUGACUGGUUUUGAAAAAAAUGACCAUCUCAUUACCAGUAUUGACCCUUUUGAAACUGGAUGGACACCAUUAAUGGAACGUUAUUUUAUUGACCUUAUGUUGGAGCAGUUGAAUGAAGGAAAUAAGAUUAAUCACACUUUUAAUGAGCAAUCAUGGGUUCACAUGGUUGAAGCAUUCAAUGAGAAAUUUGGACUUCAGUGUGACAAAUACAUUCUAGAAAAUCAGUACAUCUACCUGAUGAAACAGCAUGAAGACAUCUGCAAUCUUCUCCAGCAUAGCAGGUUUUUCUGGGAUGAAGCUCAACAAAUGAUAAUCAGUGAUGACAUUGUCUGGGAAGCUUAUAUCAAGGACUAUCCAAACGCAGCCUCCUACAGAAAUAAGUACUUGGGCAAUUUUGGUGAUUUAUGCAAGAUUUAUGGGAAUGAAGUGUCAAAUGGAGGACAAGAAGGGCAGGAUAUAGGAGUUGAGAGUCAUAAUGAUACACUUGAACUAGAAAUAGGAGUCUCUGGAGAAUUACAAUGUUGGGGUGAAGAUGAUCAAAUAUCCGAUCAACAUAGAAAGCGGCCAAUUUCAUUGCCAUCUGUCCCUGGACAGUCGAACAAAGUGCAGAAAACUGGCAAGGAGAUGCAAAAUGGCGUUUCUGAGAUGACCGGCAUACCCACAUCAUUAGUGAGCAAGAAAGGGAAUAAGAACCACAUAGCAAUAGAAAGUGCUAUUAAUGCACUUCAAGCUAUACCAGAUAUAGAUGAUGAGUUAUUGCUGGAUGCUUGUGAUCUCUUAGAAGAUGAAAGAAAAGCAAAGACGUUCGUAGCAUUGGAUUUUACAUUGCGAAAAAAGUGGUUACUUAGAAAGCUUCGCCCAUAGUAGCAGCCUUUCAGAUUUUGUGUAACAAAAUUUUAUCUUGCCAUAACUCUCAUCUUUUAGUUCACAAGGUUUAAGGUAUGGACCUAGAUUAGAAAAGUUUGUUUGAGCAGAAUUAGAUUUUAGCAUUGUAAACAAAUUUUGUAGCAUAUAUGAUAUAUCCCAGUGGAGUAUCAUAUUAUUUGCUUGUGACACAAUAUGAUAAAAUAUACAGAGGUUAUAGCCUCAGCCUGUAUAGUGUAUAUAUUAUCCAAAGAACAUCGAAAAUAUGCGUUGCAGCGACUUGAAUUAGUUUAAUUACUUCCACUCAA